UCGGUUCGGUGGGACUUCCUGGUCCUGCUCUCAGGGAGUCUCCUGAUUGUCCUCUCUCAAGAAGAACAGAACGCAGUUUGACAGACUUCUCUCCGCUGAUCCGAUACUCAACCUCUUCAUCUGCUUUCAGCGUGAUUCCCACUCUGUGAUUCCCACGGUGUUAUAUCGCAGUGGUGAACAGAGACGUUGACGUUGCUCACCAUCACAGUUAGCUACCGGUAGUGAGCUAACGUUAGGAAGCUACCGUUCCCGUCAGGGCUCUGUAGCCAUGUCCUCCUCGGCGGGCUGCUCCCCGGCGGCCCACAGCUCGGGCCACAGCUCGGGCCUCGGCCCCGCGAUGUCCAUGUUCCGCUGGUUAGAAGUUCUGGAGAAAGAGUUCGACAAGGCCUUCGUGGACGUGGACCUGCUGCUUGGAGAGAUCGACCCGGAUCAGGUGGAUAUUACGUACGAGGGUCGGCAGAAGAUGACCAGCCUCAGCUCCUGCUUCGCUCAGCUCUGUCACAAAACCCAGACGGUGUUCCAGCUCAACCAUAAACUAGAGGCCCAGCUGGUGGACCUGCGCUCUGAGCUGACUGACGUGAAGGCUGAGAGGAAGGUGAUAGAGAGUGAGGUCCAUGACCAGCUUCUGCAGCUGCAUGCUCUCCAGCUGCAGCUUCAUGCCAAACAAGGCCAGACUGAGGACUCGGACUCCAUCAAAGUCAGACUGCCUGCACCAGCAUUGGAAGACAUGGAACAGGAGCUCGAGGUCAGCAAGAAGGAGAAGUUAGCGGAGGCCAGGCUGGAGGCAGAAGUGCGACUGUUUAAGAAGGAGAACGAGGCUCUUCGCAGACACAUGGCCGUACUGCAGGCCGAGGUCUACGGAGCCAGACUGGCUGCCAAAUACCUGGACAAGGAGCUGGCUGGCAGGGUGCAGCAGAUCCAGUUACUGGGCCGGGACAUGAAAGGACCCGCACACGACAAGCUGUGGAACCAGCUGGAGGCAGAGAUUCACCUCCACCGCCAUAAGACGGUCAUCCGAGCAUGCAGGGGGCGCAACGAUCCGAAGAAACCCCUCCCCUCUCCUGUGGGGCACGAGCCGGACAUGUUGAAGAAAAGCCAGGGAGUGGGCCCGAUCAGAAAGGUGGUGCUAGUCAAAGAUGAUCACGAGGGGCUCGGCAUCUCCAUCACAGGUGGGAAGGAGCACGGCGUUCCCAUUCUCAUCUCCGAGAUCCAUCCCAGUCAGCCUGCAGACAGAUGUGGAGGGCUGCAUGUGGGAGACGCCAUCCUGGCUGUCAACAGCAUCAAUCUGAGAGAUGCCAAACACAAGGAGGCCGUCACCAUCCUGUCACAGCAGCGAGGACAGAUCGAGUUCGAGGUGGUGUACGUGGCUCCAGAGGUGGACAGCGAUGAUGAGAAUGUGGAGUAUGAAGACGACAGCGGUCAUCGCUACCGACUCUACCUGGAUGAGCUGGAGGACAGCAGCACGGCGCCGCCCAGCAACAGCUCGGCAUCACUGCAGGCUCUGGAGAAGAUGUCCCUGAGCAACGGACCGGAGAACGGAGACACUGGGAUCUCCAGUGAGACGACUUCAGAGGAAACCCCUUCAAAGCCUCCUGAGACGGACUGCUCCUCCUAGAGGCUCGGCCCAGCCGGGGAGGAUUGGUGGGAAAAUCCCUCUCAAAGAACUGAAUCCAAGAAUUCUACGACAAGCCGAGGGACGAGGGAAAAUGAACAGAGACCGUCUGUUUUCCCUUUUUCCUCUUGGUGUUCUGGGGAGGUGGGGUCUGGGGGGGUCUGGGGGUCUGGUCUGGGCAUGUGGCAAUGGUUUGGGGUAAAAGUACACAUUUGAAGAAGCAGAGGUGUAAAAUAUGUAGAGGAGGGAGUGAUACCGAACUUUAUUUCUGGAUGUUUUAUUAAGAUACUAAUGGAAAUAGUCAGGACAGCUGUACGUGAAGUAGACGUCACCACAGUGACAUCAGGGAGGAACAGCCCACUCGUUGUUGAACAUGUGUUUGUGUUUGUAGUUGUUCAUCUGGCCGAGACGAUAUGGAGGCCAGUAGAGGCCAGGGAAACAUCUCAGAAAGGAAAUGAAUACAUCUAUUAACAACCUUCUCACAAGUCAGUUGAGAGUGAGAGCGAGGCCAUCCAUGCUCUUUCAGGAGAUGUUCAAUCAAAGUGAAAAACCCUGUGAAAUAAAUAUCAAAUGGAAAUAUACAGUAAAAUCUUGCCUGUUGUCACAGAUACAUCUUUUCAAACGUUUCUGGAAGCCAUUUAAAAGCGAAGCAGCCAGAUAGGUGGAUGGUCAUUUGAGUCACGUGUCCAGGGUCUAACAAGCACAUCAGUAAACAUCCAGUAGUUCUAGAGGAAGGAUGUCCAUGUUGACCAGUGUAAAGGACUUCUGGCUCUAAUGUUUGAAAUGUCAUCCAUAACAUGUUGUACAUUGUGACACUCAGUUACCCAACCAUCUUAUUAGUAUCCCUUUUUUCUCUUAUUCCACAUAGAAAUGUGUAAUAGACGGCUUUCCGCUGAUGUCAUCUACCCUCUGGUUACUGUGACACCCCAGGGCUUUCCAUGAAGGCAGCAUGUGUCAUAAAGGUUUAACAAGUACCUCCAAACCCCAUCCACAACCGCUGCCUCCUUUUCUCCAACCUUUUUAGGCUAUUAACACCCGUGUAGUAUCCUAGUAGUUAACACCCAUAUAGUAUCCUAGUAGUUAACACCCAUAUAGUAUCCUAGUAGUUAACACCCGUGUAGUAUCCUAGUAGUUAACACCCGUGUAGUAUCCCAAAUCAGAGUGUCCUUGCAUUUAGCAAAACAAUCAAAGAAUGAGAACUAUGCUGUAUGUCCAUCUGAGGCUGAAGGAAACAAUGUUCCUUUCCAUCCUCUAGAUCAGUUGUUCCCAACCUUUUUGAGUCAUGACCCCCCCAGAAUAAUCAGCUUGUUGUUCGUGACCCCACCCCCUCCAGUUUAGUUUAGUUUGAACUGUUGGCUCCUGGGCGUUGUUCACUGUGCUCAUGUACACUCACACUCUGACUCACAAACACACUCAAUAAAAUCGGUUCUGAGGCUAAUGAUAUCACCAGUACAGGCAAUGUAAUGUGAAACUGUUACCCAGUCUAAAAUAUGUAAUUUAGUUUUUCAUAUGUUACUUUAUUUUUUCUCGACAACCGUCUGGCGAACCCCAGAAAUGUUGUUGUGACCCCCAGGUUGACAAUCACUGCUCUAAAUAUGGUCUUUGAUAACACCGUCCCAAGUCCUUGAGGACGUUGUAAUUGACCUCCAAACUGGUCUUGGUGUCAUAUCCUAUUUCUACGGUGGUGACUGUAGGGAACAUUGACCCGUUAUUCUGCCAUCGUUCCAUCACUAACAUAAUCUGGCAUGUCACUGUAUGUUGAAUAUACAGGGGUGGGCACAAUAAUACUAUGAUAUGAUUGAACUGAAUGCAAUCAUUUUUAAUAUUGGGGUCUUUCUUAACCUGUGUUGCUGUAUACUGUACUGUGUUAUUGUUUUUUUAUUGUAGCUCAUAGUAUGUAGUCCCACCUCAGUGUAAUGCAGUACUACUCUAAACUGGACUGAGAGUUCAACCCCUCUGUGACACAGGCAUGUGCUGUUCAGUGAAUCCAGCUCUGUUGGUCUGUUCUGGGACCUUACAGGAUUCACAGGUCACUUUCUUUACAUGUCUCUGUUCUUCUGUUUCCUUGGUGUUGGUUUGUGUCUCUAAACUCUUCACACAUAGGAUGUGCAUCUUUAUAGGCAAUGUAUUCAAGUCAAGCAAUUUAUUCAGCCUUUAAAUAAAGUUUUGCUUCCAAUUUG